CGCUUGGCUGAGCACAAAGGAGACAACAGGGGGCGGCGGCGGGAGCCGAUCUUCGCUCGCCAGCCACUAGCAAUUGCGGUUACAGACCUGCAGAUCCCCUCCCCCUCCCCACCCAGGCCCGCCCGCUCGCCGGCCCGCCUUUCUGUCUCCUCUCUCCCUCCGUACUGGACCGCCCGGGUCCAUUUCCGGGCUCCGGGUAUUUGGUAUCGAUCUGGGCCGGGGGCCCGGAGCAGGUGCUGCGGCGGGGCAGCUGGUUCGCCAGCCAGGUUCGCGGGGCCGUUGCCGCCGUCUUUGUCGCCAGCCCUUGUCCGCCGGCCCGCUCCUGCUCCCGGCCGGGUGCACUCUGACCGCCAGACUUUGCGCCGCGUUAGGCGCUGCUCCUGAGAUCCGGGCCGGCUCGGUGCCGGCGCGGCUGGGAAGCGGGCGGCCAGGGGGAGCCAAGACCCUGGCCCGAAAUGGCCGAGGUCAGCAUCGACCAGUCCAAGCUGCCAGGAGUCAAGGAAGUGUGCCGGGAUUUUGCUGUCUUGGAGGACCACACCCUGGCUCACAGCCUGCAGGAACAAGAAAUUGAGCAUCAUUUGGCAUCGAACAUUCAGCGGAACCGUUUGGUCCAGCAUGAUCUCCAGGUUGCUAAACAGCUCCAAGAAGAAGAUCUGAAAGCCCAGGCUCAGCUCCAAAAGCGCUACAAAGACCUUGAACAACAAGACUGUGAAAUUGCUCAGGAAAUUCAGGAGAAGCUGACUAUUGAGGCAGAGAGACGGCGCAUUCAGGAGAAGAAGGAUGAGGAUAUAGCUCGUCUUUUGCAAGAAAAGGAGUUGCAAGAAGAGAAAAAGCGAAAGAAACAUAUUCCAGAGUUCUCUGGAGCCAGUGCUUAUGGAGAUAGUUACUUUUAUGACGAUGGAGACCAGCCAAGGUCAAGGAGGGCCAGGGAAUUGGGUUCUGGAUACUCAAGGUCUUGUAAACUACAAAGUGAUGGGAAGACUAUGAAACAGAAGAAAGAGAAAACAAGACAUCCACUGGAGAACUUGGAAGAGUUGGAAAAACGCUGUUCACCAGAGAGUUCUCUUUCAUCCUCUAGCUGGGGCAGAGUGACGGAUGAUGACCAAAUUACCAGAGAGCAGCAUGAAAGAAAACAGUCUAGUCAGGAGAAACUCCAGAGACCUCCACUUCCCAAGAUCAGUGGUGAUGUGUUUCUAAGCACUGAAUGUGAUGACUGGAAGGCUAUUGGUAGCCAUCGAACUCGUAAUUGGGGAAAACAGUCCCGACACCAAGAUCGACUUUCACCAAAGUCCUCACAGAAAGCAGGGCUUCAGGAAACUGUAUAUGAGAGGGACCAUGGGCAAGGUGAGCACAGAAAAAGGAGACACAGGCCCAGGACUCCUCCCUUCUCAGAGAGUGAGGAGCAGCACCAUCACCAUGACACAGGAAUGAAGCCAAGGGUGGUGAAAGAUGCUGUAUGCCCUCCUACAUCACGAGUCACCCACAGGGAUCAGGAAUGGUAUGAUGCCGAAAUUGCCAGAAAACUGCAAGAAGAAGAACUUUUGGCUACCCAGGUGGACCUGAGAGCAGCUCAAGUGGCACAGGAUGAGGAAAUUGCUCGACUUCUAAUGGCUGAAGAAAAGAAAGCUUAUAAGAAAGCCAAAGAACGGGAGAAGUUGUCUUUGGACAAAAGAAAGCAUGAUUCUGAGUGGAAGUCAAAAACAGCUAAAUCAGUACACCCAAAGUCAAAGGAGCAUGAUGAAGCUCACCGUUCUAAGAAUGACAGGCCUGCACGACCACCACCACCUACCAACACAGAGGCUGAGGAUCUGGAUUAUACUCAUUUUACAAACCAGCAUAAUUCUACACGUCAUUUCUCAAAAUCAGAGUCCUCUCAUAAAGGUUUCCAUUAUAAGCAGUAAAAAAAAAAAAAAAAAAAACAUUGGUAUAUGCCUUGAAAAUGGACUCAUGGUAGCAAAUGUUACUGGAUGAUACAGAAUGCAUACACUUAUUGUUUUCCGCUGUUUGCAUUCCUGGGAUAUUUUUUUCUCAAGUGUUUUUCUGACUAUAGAUGAUUAAUUCAUUUGAAAUGUUUUGGUUAUUCUUAAUACUUGGGCAGUAUAAGAAAAUGUAGCUUCUGACUAUUGGCCACCUCUCUGCUGCAUAUACUUCCUGGGAUAUAAUAUUUAAGAGAUUCGUAAGAUGCCAUUUCCUUAGGUAUGGAGUGUUGCUUAUCUAGGGACAAGGCUUUAGUUAGCAAUUAGAAUUAUAUGGAGAUAAAUGAUCAGAGUGAAAAAUAACAAUUGGAUGCAAUUCAGAAUAAAAGUAUAAGAAUAGCUUUUUGGUGCAUUAGUGUGUGAUGUUUUGAAGGACAGGACCUUUCCUUUUUAUUCCUUCUGGAAAAGAAAAAAGUCAUAAUCACGAAGUAUUGAAAGAGAGACAUCUGGAGAAGUUGAAAUAUGUUAGUCUGAAUACAUAGAAAUAGACUAUAGAGGUUUUUUAUACCCUUUUAAGCCCUCUUGGGAAAACUGACCUAGACUCCAUUUUCUAACCCUUACUGUGUGGAUGUUUCCUCAGUAACAAGACUUUCUGAAGUCCCUGGGCAGUGAACCCUUUGUUGGCAAAAACUUAAUUCUCUGAAAUCUUAACUGGGGUUAUGUAGUUAGCUGAAAUUGAAAACCUUUAUAUCCCAUCCUUCUUUUACAUUUACUUGUAGAGUCAAGGGAAAUAAAAUUGGAAGUUGAUUGCAUAAGUAUUGAUGCCAUUAAUAUCUCUGGUUGUAGAUUGAAGGUUUUCUCUUGUUUAAAAGACAUAGCAAUAUUUGUUGGCAUUGUCUCAUUCAUGUUUUGUGCACCUGUCAGUAAUUAAGUUAAUUCAACAUGAAGUUGAAUUUGAUAGUGUUUUUUAUUUAAACCAAGAAUUUGAUUCUAUAUAUUUGUAAAUGGGCAUUAAUAGGCCUUGUAUUUCUUUGUAGAAGACCUUUAUAGGCCCCUCUUUACCAGUCACUGUCUUUGUCUAGCAGCUGACUCAUGGAAAUGUUUAUUUGCCCAUAAUACUUAGUUAACAUAAAUGGCAAUCAAGCUGUAUAUUUAUAUAUAGUACAUUUUUUCAGCUUGACUUGCUCUUCUUUUUUAUUGUAUGUGAUCUGACAGUUUUUCAUUUCAGUAGUGUUUCUUUAGGAAAGAAAUAUAUUGGUGGCUAGAGAAAGUUGUUAAUCACCCCCUUACUGGGAACUACCUUAAGUUUGCCUUGUCUCUCCAGAAGGUCUUUAAUGUUGGACAGUAUUCAGAAAGCUAUUUAGAGCAGAUUCUCAAUACAUUUGAAUAUCUCAGUUUGAGAAAAAUCAUUACUUUUAUAAAGUUUUAUAUUAUAGGAACUUGAGUGUAAUGUACCUGAAAGUUAAGUUUGGGGCAGAUGGUAACCUGGAAAGAUGAAAAAGAAAAAGAAAGAAACCUUAAGGGAUAUAGUCAUUUUAGAAAAAGGGAGGAAAGUGAAGGUAACAAAAUUUGAAUAUGGUGAAGUGAAGUGAAUAUAGAAAAAUCUACAUGUAGAAAAGGGGAGAGAAAAUGGAAGUCUAGCCUUCAGUCAAAUUUCAUAGUGGUUUCAAUAUCCAAAUCAACCUUGUUGACUUAAAGUAAUGCUAUAUUUUUCUUUAUCUGCCCUGUGGUUUUGCUUCAUGUUUAAAAAAUAUAUAUUUUAAUGGUAACUUUAAAGAAAAACAAUUGUAUUUUUAUUUGAUGUUAACUUAGGCAAAUGGGCAACAUCAUUUGCCAUAUUUUAAUUUUAUAAAUGUUUAUUUUUCUAUCUCAUACAACGAUCAAUUUUGCUUUAAAAAUUCUACAUUUCUUUUGUUUCUCAUGUAUGUCAUUCAUUCAUAUUUAUUAUUGUAAAAUGUUAAUUGAACAUGCUUUAGUCAAAAAAAUGUCAGGCCAUUUAACACUUAACCAGAAUGCUGUUGUUUUAGCUAUCUUAGUAGGCAAAGGUGAUAUAGCCCUUGUGACAGCCAAUUCAUUAGUAUUGAAAAUUUGUUACUUUGUUUUUUAGGUUUUUUAAAGAUUAGUCUUUUAAAUAUUUUAUCUUUAUUUUAUUUUUUGUAAAGCAAACACUUUUUUAAGAGCUUCACUAAUUAUUUACCAGUAAAUAAGGAGAUAGAAUUCUAAUUCUCCAAUUAUAUCCUCAAUAUUUCUCAUUCAAAUAAUGUAAUGAUUAUCUUUGAGAUGAUAGAAGCAACUGACAACUGUGUGUUAAUGAACUGCCAGAUACUCCUCACUGUGUUCUCUGCUUUUUAUGUUAUUUUUCUAUAAAUGUGUAAACUUUUUACAUUUUUCUUUCUUUUCCUGCCACAGAACACAUGCAAAUUAAUUUUUAGACCCACAGUGUAUUAUGUUUUACUGUGAUAUGAAUGAAUACUUCUGGUCUUGGGAAAAUCUUUGUUUCUAAUUUCUGUUCUCUGGAAGCCAGGUUCCAUUAACACCAUUAUUGCUGAAUGAGCACAAUAUUUUAUGGAGCCUUAUCUUACAUUCUCUUUCCCCACCUAACUUUUUAUAAAUCAUUGCCUGGAAGAGAGGUUAGAUAAGGGUCAGAUUAAAUGUUCUGACUUGGGAAAAAAAAUUGAUUCCAGUGUUCAAGCCACUGUUAGACAUAAUUAUUUUGUUGGGAGGCUGGAUAAUUGUUUCACUGCUGUAAAAGAACAUUAAAAUUUUUAGAAAGUCACUUUACAUACCACUGAAGUACUGUUUCUUAAGUAACUUUACAAUACCUAGCAGCAUUACUGAUUGAACUGCAACCUCACCCCAAAAAAGUAUAUAUUUCUUGAUCAUAGAAAAACAUCUAAAUUAGAAAAAAAAAAGAUAUGUGUAAAUACUUCCAGGAUUAAAACCUUUUCAGAAUGGUAUUGGCCAUUUGGAUCUAGGUCAACAUAUUCCAAAAUUCAUGACCUUGGGCCUUGUGUUCCAUUGAACUACUAUAGAAAAUUCUGAACUCAACCCAUUUUCCUCUUCUUUGAUGUGGAUGGAGAAGGAACUAGGUAAUGAAUAGAUUAAUUGCUGACAGUUCUCCAUCCCUUCCUCUCAGAAUGUGUCAGUAUAAAAAUAAUUAUCUUUGAACUGAUAAUUAUUUUUCUUUAAUAUAGUCAGAUCUUUUCUAAACUUGUGCCAAAUUGGGAAUACCUACUAUUAUAUGGUGCAUUCAGUUUACCACAUAAGUGGUUAACAUUUUAGAGCCUUGAUUUUUGUUUAAUUUUUUGCCUUUAAUAUAAUAGUCACUCUGGGAAAUAUCAAAAAGAUUGAUUAUUCAGUGAUGACUGUCUUAAAAGAUACUGUGAUUAUUGGUUAAGAUGUGGAGACUCCUUUAUUAGCUUAUAAACAGCUAGAAUGACUGAGAACAGAACAGAGCUUGAAGUCAAAGGCUUUUUCCCUUUUGGGGAGGAUAGAAUUUGAUUAACAUUGAAAGGGUACACUGUUCACAUAGAUUUCACUGUAUAUAGUUUGCCAUAUUCUGAUAGCAUAGGAUUUUGGGAAAUAAUCAUAAAAUCUUUCAUAAAAAUGAAAAGAUUUUUAAAGUACAUACUGUAUCCAUUACUUACUGCUCGUAGUCAGAGAAGUGAUUCUAAAACAGUCCCAUUUUCUCUCAUAUCUAUCGGUGCCUGUAAGUCUUAAAGCCAUAUCUGUUUUUCUUACUGUUGAUAGAGUACAUUUUCCUUCUUAGCCCAAGGUAGGUAAUAUGGGCUGAGAGAAGUAAACUAUAGACUAUCCUGUUAAUGCUGCAUGGCAUAUAAUGUCAUCCAAAUUCUUGGUGGAAAAAUCUUUUUUUAUCCACGGUGACAUGUAAGACUAUUAAAAGGAUGAACCCAGAGGCCAUUGUUAUUCUUGGCAUAUAUAACAAGUGUCAUCAGAAAUGGCUAAAAUUUAUUCUAGAAAAGUCAAAAAGUUACGAGUAGAUUGGGAAAAUGUUAAUACUACAGAGUCACUUUUCUGAUGUAUCCUGCACUUCAUGCCAGCAAUGUCUAUGAGCAGUGGUAUUGCCUUAAAUUAGUUUGACUCUUACUGAGCUCAGUGUACUUCCGUAUGUGAUUGGUGGCCAACUGUUCGUUGAGAUAUAAAAUUCACAGGUGAUCUCCAAGCAUCUUUAUAUUAGAACUCUGAACCUCCCUUCCCACUGUGCUGGUAGCUGACAUGUGACACUGAAUUUAGUCCACUGAAAUAGCAGACAUGACUAAAAACAUAGAAGGGGAGAGAUUUCUUGACCAGAUCCUUCAAACCUGUUGAUCACUUUCUGAAUAAUUGAGAGUUUACUGUCAUUCUGUUUUUUGGUGACUGUGUAGAAGAUAUUUCCAAAAGUUCUAUUGUGCAGUGAAGACCUUCAGGUUGUUUGUAAGAAUUUUACCAUUACUUUUGUGUACUGAAAUGCUUACCAUUAACAUCAACCCCCCCCCCAAAAAAAAAAAAAAAAAAGAGAGAGAGAGAGAAAAAAAACAGUAGAUAUUUACUAGAAAUGGGAGAUUUUCUGAUCUGAAGAAAAUUAACCAGAACUUUUGCUAUGAUAGGAAAGACAAUAAAGUGAUUUUUACAGGUUCUGCUUGAUGCCAUAAACUAACACAAUCAUGAAAAUAGUCAUGUUAACUUAUGGAACUAUCUGGCCCUAAAAGCCAUUCUCUUUUCCAUAUGAAUACUGCCUACUAACAUGUUCCUGAUAGGAUUAAUAUGCUUUUGUGUAUUCUCAGCAAACUAGAAAAUAAUUUUUCUCUUUUUGAGCAACUUUUCAUAGCAUAGGGAACCAGCACUGAUUUCAGCAUUCAGUUCAAAGCAGGAUUAAUUGUGCAACUUAGUGCCCAUUAUUCCUUGCUGAGGUUUAAAUAUAAAGAAUAAAAGAACUGAAAGACAGGGUUUGAGUAACAUUUUCUUCAGAAAAGAGCAGGCAAGGACUGAGAACAGUGAAUAGAAGAUAGUUGAGAGAAUAUGCUAUGAUACUUGUUGUACUUAGGCCCCAUUUCUGUUGCACUGAAUUUCAGACCAUAAUUGCUAAAAUAGUUUCUAGCUCUUAAAUUUGGUUAGAGGGUUUUUGGUAUCAGAGGUUUUGUACUUCUGAUUGAAUUAGUUUCUGAAAUUCCCAUAGGCUAUAACUAGCCUUUGCAGUAAACUGAAAACCAAAUGCCCUUUCUCAGAAAUAGCUGUGUUUCUCACCUGCCUCAUCCAGGCAACCAAUAUUCAUUUCAUGAAACACUGUAAAUAAUGAAAAGGUAUGGUGGGUAAAUAACAUAUAAAAAUGAUAUCCCAAAAUGAGAAUUCUCUGUAUUAUGGGGUUUUUCCUAAAAAGAAUCCAUCCCAGCACUAUAUAUAUUUUGAAAAGGUGCUGAACUAAAAAGUACAAGAGUUUGCUCAUAUACAUCAGGUUGCUCAGGAAAUUUGAGGUGAUGCUGUUAUUUGUCUUAUAAUUUGGAAAAGUUAUCUCUUGAGAGAGACUACAAAGUGCCAGGCACUUCAGAUUUUUUGAUAAGAGCCCUUUUGAUAUUCAGAGUGUGGGUAUGUUUAUGAAACAAAUGAGAUGUUAUCUCAAGUGCUCAUCAGCCAAAACCAAGGCAAAAGCAGCUUUGAAAUAGCUGUUUCACAAAGCUGAACAGAGUCUUGGUAAAAUGCAGUUGCCUGUCCAAUGACAGAAGAGAAAGACCACCUCAAACCACACAGUGUACCUGUGAGGGACACUUUGUGGAUGCCUUAAAGGUGACCUGUGGUGGGUACUGGUGGUUAUGUAUGUGCCCAUCUGAACUAGACUGAUGGAAACAGUCUAUUUCAAUUCACCUUCAUACAGCACAAAUUGUUCCUGCUCAUAACCUCACCGAGGAAGAUGAGAAACAUGGUGCUGGUUCCUUUCCUGUGUCUUGGAAGGUUGAGGUGGUCGACAUCGUCAAGGCACUCUCCAGUGUUCAGGCCUUCCUGGGAUGCCACUUGUACAUCUACAUUACUUCAUCUAUGCAAGUUUGUGUUCUCAUGAUUUGUAUUUUACACCUUAUGUCCCAUUUGUUUCAUCAAACAUCAGGUUUAACAUUGAUGUUUUGAAUAAUUUUUAAACCAAAGUAUUGUAUAAAUAUAUGUGUACUUUGUUUUCCUGGAGGGUUUGACUGAGGUAAACACCAAUCUUGUCCUUCUCUUAAUAAAAUCAUCCAUUUGUUAAGUCA